GCGAGCGUUUGCAGAGUGACAGCGGCUCGAGCCCCGCUCACAGCGCGCGCGCGACGUCUCGGAUCGCAUCGGCUCGCUCCUCCGCUGAGGCUUCGCGCAAACCGCGGGAAAAGCGCACGGAGGCUGCGGUGGAGUUCGCGCGCGAGCGGACGCUCCUUCUGCAGUUUCACAACAGAGUUCUUAGUUGUGACGACUGAGACGCAAAGAUGAACGGACGCCAGACUACCUCCCUUCUGCUCCUAUGCUUUGUGUCCAAGCUUUUUGUUGCCGCCAGCCCAGAUGUGAAUGAAACAGAGGAGCAAAAGCCGCAGAAUGUGUACCAUGACAUCGGAGUCACCAGGAACAAGAUAGUCACUGCACAGUUUGAGUGCUAUCAGAAAAUCAUGAAAGAUACUGAUCAAAAACGAAAAGGCCUCACCUGCAACAGGACCUGGGAUGGCUGGCUUUGUUGGGAAGACACUAAGGCUGGGGUCACCGCCGAGCAGCACUGCCCUGACUACUUCCAGGACUUUGACCCUAAUGAAAAAGUGACAAAGAUUUGCACUACCAACGGACACUGGUUUUUACAUCCGGAGAGCAACAGAACAUGGACAAAUUUCACCAGGUGUAAUGAACAUACAAAUGAAGGAAGAAUGACGGCAAUGAAUUUGCUCUACUUGGCCCUAAUCGGUCAUGGCUUGUCCUUGACUGCCUUGUUAAUCUCACUGGGAAUAUUUUUCCAUUUCAAGAGUUUAAGCUGCCAAAGGAUCACUCUGCACAAAAACCUUUUUUUUUCCUUUGUUUUGAACUCGGUCGUCACUAUCAUUUUCCUGACAGUUGUGGCCAACAACCAAGAGCUGGUGCAGCAGAACCCUACCAACUGUAAAGUGCUACAGUUUAUCCAUCUGUACCUCUUUGGCUGUAACUACUUCUGGAUGCUGUGUGAAGGAAUCUAUCUGCACACGCUCAUUGUUGUAGCUGUUUUUGCGGAAAAGCAGCACUUGAUGUGGUAUUAUCUCCUUGGAUGGGGAUUUCCAAUGAUUCCAGCCUGCAUACAUGCAAUAGCCCGCCAUUAUUACCAUAACGAUAAUUGCUGGAUCAGUUCUAAUACUUCUUUGCUGUACAUUAUCCAUGGUCCCAUCUGUGCUGCACUGGUGGUGAAUCUGUUUUUCCUGCUGAAUAUUGUACGUGUGCUCAUUACUAAGCUAAAGGUGACCCACCAGGCCGAGUCAAGCUUGUAUAUGAAGGCAGUCCGAGCUACUCUCAUUCUGGUUCCCCUUUUGGGGAUACAGUAUGUCCUCUUACCCGUUAAACCUCGUGGUCGGAUUGCCUCGGAAGUGUAUGAUUACGUCAUGCACAUAAUAAUGCACUAUCAGGGGCUUCUGGUGGCGACAAUUUUCUGCUUUUUCAAUGGAGAGGUGCAAGGGGUCUUAAGAAGACACUGGAAUCAGUAUCGCAUACAGUUCGGCAGCAGCUUUGCUCACUCGGACACGCUGAGGUCAGCCUCCUACACAGCCUCAUCUAUUACUGAGGUGCAGGGGUGCUACAGCAUUGAUGGCCAGAUGGAACACUUGAAUGGCAAAGGCUGCCACGACACUGAGACCAGCAUGCUUAAAUCCGACAGUCUCUUUUCUUGAACCUGCAUGACGUCAUCUGCUUAUCACAGCAGCUUCAACUGUGCAAGACUUGGAGUUUCUACGGACUCCACAAGGUCAACCUGAAACCCCCUGCCUAUCCAGCCUUCAUUACUGAUCACGUACACGAAGGCUUUCAUUUUUUGUAAUAUUUACAAUAUUAAUAUAAUAUGCAGUCUGUAGCUUGGAGAGAACAACCCACGACUAGAGGCUGCAUUACCACUUUCCAGGUGUGAAUAUACAGUACUUAUCUUAAGGCAAGGCACAGUACUACAUUGUCCCGAGGCUUUCGAAAGAUAAAUGGCUGAAGUUAAGCUCUGUCUAAAAUUCUUUUUUUACUUAGUUGCCAAAACCAGUGUUAUUGUUAAGAGCUGUCACCAAACCGCAGACCUGUGGCCUUGUUGCUUUAUCAAGAACAACCAAAACAAACUAAAGGUUAAUCAAGGACUAGGAGAGGGCAAACAAGAGCAAGCUGGAGAACUAGACCAGUGCUGUGAGACCUGGGCAUCUACUAAGAAGAUGAAGUUAUCCGAGUAUUACUACUUCUGGACUCCCACAUAGUUUUUACAGACUAUGUUAGAGUCAACAAAUAAGUUAUUACAAUCUUUAUCAAAAGAUUCAUUGAAACUGUGGUUAUAUAAUUGUGGCCAUCUGUGGUGCUGAGGUGGAUGCAUGGACAGGACAAGGUCUAAGGGCAGCAGGUUUUCACCCAAACCAAGAUUUGUUCACUAAAACCAGUGAAAUAAUGAGGGUUUGGGCCCUUUUAGUCAGUACUCAGAAAAUUAUUAACUCAGGCAUUAAAAAAAAAAAAAAAAAACAGAAUCUGGUCAUCAAAAUA